UCUUAUCAGUUUCCCUAAUUCCUUGCUGAUAUGUGGAUUUAGUUCUGUACCGGAAUUAAAUUUAUUCCGUUAUGAAUUAAAAUUAAUUUUAGUAUAUUUAACAUAAUAAUUAUUAAUAUUAUUGUAUAUUAAAAUGUCUAAUUUGAAAGAAGCUGAAGUGGAAUUACAGGAAUUGAAACCAAAAAGGGCUAUAUCAAAAAAUGGCACACCAGAGUACGUGGACGUUCCGAGUCGCGACCACGAUAAAGAUCGAGAUGAAAAGCCCUGGCAACGGGUUGUCUAUGAGGUGACCAGAAAAGGGACACAUUUGUAUGAGCCCGUUAAGUCUAUUCCAAGUACAAUAAUUAUAGUAGUGCUCGGAGUAUAUCUGUUACUCGGAUAUUUCACUCAGCUGAUCGAAGACAAUAUGCCUACACCAUACCAGGAUGCAGACAUUACCAGAGAGAGUUCGGAUAUAUUUAGUGAAGAAUCAGCUUGGAGGUAUCUCUACACAAUCCUGGGCGACGAGCCCAGGGUCGCGGGGACGGAGUAUCACCUAAAUAAGACCCGGGAUUUGAAGAAUAUGCUGGAUCAGAUAGCAGCACAAUCCAGAAUACCAAUUAGGACCGACUGGCAGUUUGUUACAGGCAGUUAUUUGAUGAAUUCGUCUACUCCCUUUUUGAAUUAUUACCACAAUUUGUCUAACGUCGUGGCGGUGCUAGAGGGGGAGAGCGGGUUCAACAGCGACGGCAGUACCCGCUCGUCGAUACUGGUCAACUGUCAUUACGACUCUGUACCUUUUGCGUUAGGUGCGUCGGACAACGUGGUGUUCUGCGCGGUGAUGGCGGAGACGCUGGAAAAGAUGUCGCGGCGAGCACGGCCCUACCGACACAACAUCGUCUUCCUCUUCAACGGCGCCGAGGAGAACCCGCUGCAGGCGAGCCAUGGGUUCCUGCAGCACAGCUGGUCGCGCGGCGCCACCGUCGUCGUCAACCUGGACGCUGCCGGCAUGAACGGCAAGCCCGCCGUCUUUCAGGCGACGGACCUGCGGCUGCUGCGCGCGUUCAGGCGAGUGGUGCCGCGGCCUAACGCGCAGUCGUUCGGCGAGUACCUGUUCCAGUCCGGCGUCAUACCCUCCGACACAGACUUCAGGAUUUGGCGGGACUUCGGCAACAUCAGCGGUAUCGAUAUAGCGUACUCGAAGUGGGGCCACGUGUACCACACGCGGUACGACCACCCGUCGCUGGUGCGGGAGGGCGUCGUGCAGUGCGCCGGAGACAUGCUGCUGCCGCUGCUGACCGAGCUGGCUGACCUACAGGACCUCGAGAAUAAGGUGGAGCCGUCGGGGGCGGUGUACUACGACUUCCUGAACCUGUCGGUGAUCGCGUACUCGAAGCCGGCCGCGCACGCCAUCGACGCCCUCAUAGCGCUGCUGGCGCUGCUCUCCGUCGCCUACUACGCCUGGCUCGUCGGGCCCAGAUGGACGACCGUGCAAGAGCUUCUGUACGCUGUGCUAGGCCGCAUCGCGGCGAUGCUGGCCGGCGUGCUGGCGGUGCUCAUCUUCGUACCGCUGAUGGUCGUCACCACUAUACAAAUGAGGUACCUGUCCUACCCGUGGCUGGUGGUCCCGCUGUACUGGAUGCCGUACCUCGUCCCCGCUGUCAUCGUAUCGCAUCUCUACGACAGGUGGAGGACCAGCAAGAGCGGCUUGAAUCGCUCGAUUCGAGCGCUGCAAGCGAUGGCGGCGACGCGGCUGCUGCUGGGCGCGGUGCUAGUCGUACUGACGUGCGUGCCCAGCUUGACCACGGUGCGGUACGCGCUGUCCUUCCCGCUCAUGUUCAUGUCUUGCGCGGCGAUCGUCUCGCUCACCGUCGUCAGAUACUUCCGGAUGAAAGCGUGGCGCCACCUGGUGCUGGAGGUGGCCCUGUCGCUGCCGGGCACGAUGUUCGCGUUCUCGCUGGUGCUGCGGGCGGACGCCAUGGUGCUGCCGGUGAUGGGUCGCUCGGGGCUGGACCGGCCCGACUACCUGAUCGCCGCCGUCAACCUCGCGCUCGCCGCCCUCACGUGCUCUACUGUCUCUGGAAUCGAACUGCUGUUUUCCCGGCGGCGGCUGUGGAUAACGGCCGGCUUCGUGUCGCUGGUGUGCCUGGUGCUCAUGUUCAUACCGUUCAGCCCGUACAGCGACGACGGACCCUCCACGCAGAGGCAUUACUGGUUUCACUCAGAGAUAAAGUCGCACGAUAUAAACGGCGCGGUGACUGCGAGCACGACGGGCGUCCUGGUGACCAAGCACGACCCCUACAGCAGCGACCGCGUGCUGCCCGCGCUCCGCGACCACGGCAUCUCCCUGCACUCCAGGACUGACUUCUCCGAAGACUGCCAGAGAUACGUGUUCUGCAACCUGCCGCUGUACAGGGUCUCGUUCGGACAGUACUUGAAGGACGCGCUGUUCCUGUACACGUCCGGGCCGGCGCCUUUCGACCCGGAGCCGGGCAUCCGCGUGGUCGGCCGCGACUGCCUCGGCGAGACCUGCACGCUGCAACUCAACAUGACCGCCGCCCCCCACAACAUGGUGACGGUGUGGCCGCGGGCGGGGGCGCGGCUGGCGGCCUGGAGCCUCGCGCCGCGGCUGCAGGCGACAGGCGACGUGGCCGGCCGGCCCUACUACGUCAUGGUGCAUUCGGAGGCCACGUACAAGGGCAGCCUCGACACGCUCGCCUUCAAUCUCACAUUGGUCGUGCCGCUGUCGAUGCAGAAUGGACCGUUGGUGGACGUGUCGCACCACGCACACAAAAUCCACCACCCUAAAGACUACACGACUCAGUUUGCAGAGUUACUGGACGCUAUGCCCAAAUACUUCAACUUCGCUAACUUCAUGACGUUCAGAAAUAAUUAUGUCUUUUAAAUGGAACACUUGACAUGAAUGGGGAUAUAGUACAUUACUGCAGCGGCCAGCAACUGAGGCAUUGAUGGACAAACGUUUAAAUGUGGGCCGAGGCGACGCACACAUACGUGAGUCCAUCAAUGUCUAGUUGUGGCCAAGGCUUGUAUAGUACUUUUCUCAAACAAUGCGCGGAAAUCAAAAACAAUUUUACUUUUUAAGUUCAAUGACGAAUAACGAACAAUAAUAAUUUUUCACGCGCCAUAAUGUUCCUUUGUUGUUUUUUCCAAUAAACAGCUCUCUAUUUGCAAGCUAGUUCGAAAUUUAAAUAAAACCUUUUAUUAGUUACCUCCUUGGUAGCCAUAUUUCGAAGUAAAAGGUAAUUCCAUUUUUAAAUUACAGGACAGAUAUGAGUUUACAUAGUAAUUUAUCUGGCCGCGAAACACGACAGAUAUGGAUUUUCAUACAACUUUUGCCGGCCGCUGCUCGCAUGUAUCUGGCCAGUACGGCAAUAUUGAUUUAUUUCGAAGAAGAUUGUUAAAAUAAUGCUCACAUUUCCAAGCGUGUUUGAGAAAAAGUAUUUACCUUACUCGUUUCGACUACAGUAUUCUCUUUUAAUACCCACAAAUGGGGUCAUUUUGUAAUAUCAAAAAUUAUGUACUUCUAUGGGAUAGACCAGGGUCUUCCAACCUUUCUUUUGUUGAUCCUCCCCGGAUUUAUAAAUAAUAAUGGUUAUUUAAUUAGAUUUUGUUAAAUUAUUUUGUUUAUUUUGUUUAAUUCCGCUACCAUUAGUAUGUGUGUGACUGUCAACACUCGAAGAUUGACCACCACUAUUACUACCAGAAGUUACACAACCUUCCAUGUUAGCCAUCAAUCUCCAACCGCCAUUUUGUUCACGCACGUUUUGCAAUACGUGUUUUAUUUCUAAACGAGGUAUCUUCAGGCAAAUUAUUAAAUCGCUGCUCAAAGGCAAGUAUUAAUGGUUCGGCACUUAAACUGCAUCACAAAUGUUUGAGUGUUGGCAGUCACACACAUACUAACGGUAGCGGAAUUAAACAAAAUAAUUGUAGUUCAACAACCAGUGAAAUCGACUUCUGCAAAAUAGGAUCUAGUUCAAUAAAAUAUAUACCUAAUAUUUGCAUACCCCCUCGAAUUUUAUCAUUACAAAAAAAAAACAUUAUUUUAUCGACUUUUAUUUUAAAUCUAAAUUAUUGUCUAGGUUUCACAUAGUAAAUUUGAAUUCCUUGUCACUAGAUGUCGUUGUACUGAACAGAACGCGAUAUAGUUUUCUUCCAUUUCUUUCUUGUCUAUUUUAAUGCAAGAUUUUUUUUCUGAGUUAACAUCUGUGUUAUAUACAGUCCGUCUAAAUAUAUACAUAUUUUAUAUACUGGUUUUCUUUGCUCUCACCGGACCGAGUUUUGUACAGUUAUAAAAAACAAACCAAACGAACUCAGGCCAUGUUUCACCAAUACAUACAUAUAACAGAGAAGUAAGCAUUAGUUUUUCUUUCCAAAUUAUGCCCUAUUUCGUAUCUUUCUACGUUCCCCUGUUUGGGGAGUUCUAGGCUUGACUGAUCAAAUUAGAUUUAAUAUUUUUUGAUAAGACAGCAUUUCUGGAAACACCGUUGCAGUUAGGCAUGUAAAAAAAGGAGCGAAAGAUUAUAAUUAAGAACAUUUAUAUGCUAUUUCUCAUCCAAAAUACUUCAAACUUUGAAGACGAAGGUCUUCAACCAGCGCGUGUUGCCAGUGAUGACUUAUGAAACCGAAACAUGCUCCUACACGAUUGCCCGUAUGCAGAAGCUACAAGUAACUCAGCGCGCUAUGAACAGAGCUAUGCUCGAAGUCUGCGUGAUAGAAUCCGAAACGAGGAUAUCCGCAAAAGAACCAAACUCACCGAUAUAGCCCGAAGGAUAAGCAAGCUGAAGUGGCAAUGGGCUGGUCACAUAGCUCGAAGAAACGACAACCGAUGUGGAAGAAACGUUCUUGAGUGGCGACCCCGUACGGGCAAACGCAGUGUAGGACGACCCCCCACUAGUGGGAGGGACGACCUCAAAUAUGUAUUACAUUGCAGGGAGACAAUUUAUGGGAGAGAUCUAUGUCCAGCUGUGGACAGAUAACGGCUGUAAUUAUAAUGAUGAGUUUUCAUUAAAAUUGAAUAAUUUGUAAUGAGAAUUUGAAUUUACAAUAUGAACUGCUUACAGCAUCAUUACAAUAUGAUAUCUCUUAUCGUGAUAAUAUUAGUUGUGGGUGAUCAUGGGCGGCGGUAGUCACUUACCAUCAGGUGAGCCGCAUGCUCGUUUGGGCCGUGUUGUAAAAAAAAUCUAUAAAAGGGUAAAUUUAUAUCAAGUUUAUCAAUAUGAAGUCGUUCUCCUUGUAUCA